UCCCGCCGAGCGCCCAACGGUCGAGGCAGGGGAGGCUGCGCGCGCUUGUGCAAAGGCCGGGGAAAAAAUGGCGGCGCCCGUCUUGCGAGUGUCCACCCCUCGCUGGGAGCGGAUAGUCCGGCUGCUGGUGUGUCUCUCAGGAAUUCUGAUAUCCCUGUACGCUUUCCACGUGGAGAGGGAAAAGACCCGCGACGCCAAUUACCGCGCCGUGUGCGACCUGAGCAGCUCCAUCAGCUGCUCCAAAGUCUUCACGUCCAGAUGGGGUCGAGGAUUUGGACUGUUGGGUACCAUUUUUGGGAACGACAGUGCAGUAAACCAGCCAAACAGUGUCUAUGGAAUCUUGUUUUAUAUCUUUCAACUGUUACUAGGUAAGAACAGCAUCAACCGCAUUGAUCUGCAGAUAAUGACAGUCAGAAGCAGUGCGAAUGCUUGUAUGUCAGAAAUGGAUGCAUUAACCCUCUACUUCGUCCUUAAGGACUUCUGCUUCAUCUGCGUCACCACAUACGCACUGAACUUCAUCCUGUUUGUGCUCAACUACAAGCGACUGGUUUACUUGAACGAGGCCUGGAAGCAGCAGCUCCAAGCCAAGCAGGACUAGACACACAAAAAAACAACAACGACAAAAGUAUAGAAGGAUAACAAAUCAUCCAACACGUGGGGAAAAUGUGACCUCUGAAAAAUUUGUGACUUGCCACCAGGAGACCUUGCUUCCAAACAAAUGUUCAUUCUGUUGUGUGUGUGUGUGUUUAAAACGAAAAAAAAAAAAUUACUCUUUAGGGGCCACAGAUCACAGGUUCAUUGCAUUGCAAGGAAGGAUUGGAAAACAGAAACCCAAAUCUUUGUCCGCUUUGAUUUCUCGUUGGUUUUCUUUGUUCCCUGAGAUGAAAAUGAGGUUUGCGCUUUGACCGAGAGAGAGCGAGAGAGAGCGGUCGGAAAGCACUUACGAAACAAACAGAAGAGGGUGUCCUUUCCCUGAGGAAUAAAAUAAUGGAGAAAACAAUGUGAGAAAUUCUGUUUACUUGAAUCCACUGGGAAUGUCGUUGUUCUUUGGGAGCAGCUGAUUCCAGCGGGACUGAAUUUAAGGGUUAUAAAGGGUAAACACGAAUGAUCAUGAGGCUAAGCAGAGAUGAUUCCACAAAAAUGACGGAUUGCUAUCAUUGAAACGACAAAUAAAGUGUAAUUGUUUGUUUACAGAUUUUUUUUUAAUUUUUAUUGUUGUUUUGGAAGAGGACCACUCAUAAAACAAGGACGAAUGUGAGCUGAAUGUGUGUAGAUCAGAUUUGUUUGUGACUACUUUUUUUAUUCGUUUGUUUUGCAGUUCUGUAAAUAGCUGCCGCAAAGCAAUAUUCCAGACUAGUUUGUGUUUUACCGUUGAAACAUUAAAAAGUCCCAAUCUA